AGUGGAAAAACCCUAAACGGCUAAACGGACGUCUCUUGAAGAACCCAUGGCUCUCCAACUCCUCUUCCAAUUCCCGCCUGAUUCCCAAUACCGCCAGAUUACUAUUUCAAAUCCUUCACUCUCUGUACAUAUUUCCAUUUGGGUUGAAGAACAAGAACCCUAGCAAUCCACCAAAACAAAAUCAGCUUUCCAUUUCAACAGCAUUUGCAGGCUAUGAGCAGACGAGGCUCAAUGAUAGUCUUUACCCAAUUAAUAACCUUUAUACCCUCCCUGAAAUCUAAUUGUGCUUACCCACCAAAGUUCUUGACGAUCUCACGUUUUCACAUAUUCAAGAAUUCUCUCGUAGAUUUCCACAGCAGCUGCAGGGGCAUCAGUAACUUUCCGCAAGAUGAUCUUGAAGGAUUAAACGAUUCAGAUUUGUCGGCCCUAGAUGAUGCAGCUUGUUCAGUUCAAGAGAAGUACAGGAAAAAACAACCUGUUUCACCUCAAGAUUUCGCCUUUUUGGAGGAUGCAGUUCAUAGCUCGUCGAGGAAGAGUUUUGAUUCGGGUAAGUUCUCUAAGGAAGCCAUACUGAUAUCAGAUGAAAUUGGAGACAAUGGAGACAAUUUUGGUGACAAAACCCAGAAAUUUCUUAGACAGUUCAGGGAGAAAUUGAAUGAUUCUUUGGUAAUUGAGGUGUUGGAACUUGUACGAAGCCCUGAAUUGGCUGUCAAGUUUUUCAUUUGGGCUGGUCGACAAAUUGGGUAUAGCCAUACAGUUCGAGUUUACCAUGCCCUGCUUGAUGGAUUGGGUUUUGAUAAGAAUACUAGAGUCCCGGAACAUUUUCUUAAAAAAAUUAGAGAGGAUGACAAAGAAGUUCUCGGUAAUUUGCUCAAUGUUUUGAUCCGAAAGUGUUGCAGAAAUGGGUUUUGGAAUGCAGCACUUGAGGAGCUCGGGAGGCUAAAGGAUUUUGGAUAUAAACCUUCAAAAUCAACAUAUAAUGCCUUAAUUCUGCUUCUUCUUAAGGCCGAUCGGUUGGAUACAGCCUAUCUUGUCCAUAGGGAGAUGGUUGACUCUGGUUUUAAUAUGGAUGGGUUCACCAUGGGUUACUUUGCUCAGUCCCUCUGCAAGGCUGGAAGGUGGAGAGAUGCUCUCAGAAUCAUUGAAGAGGAAGAAUUCGAGCCUGAUACUGUAAUUUACAAUAAAAUGAUUAGUGGGUUGUGUGAGGCUUCUCUUUUUGAGGAAGCUAUGGAUUUUUUGCAUCGCAUGAGGACCAAUUCUUGUAUCCCUAAUGUUGAAACAUUUGAAACAUUGCUUACUGGAUGUUUGAGGAAACGACAGCUGGGUAGGUGUAAGAGAAUUCUUAGCAUGAUGAUAACAGAAGGCUGUUAUCCAACUCGUUCAAUAUUUAAAUAUCUUGUUGAUGCUUAUUGCCGCUCAGGUGACUACAUCUAUGCCUAUAAGUUGCUCAAGAAGAUGGUGAAUUGUGGUUAUGUUCCAGGUUAUGUGGUAUACAAUAUCCUGAUUGGAGGUAUAUGUGGAAGGGAGGAAUUACCCAGUUCUGAUAUAUUGGAACUUGCUGAAAAAGCUUACUGUGAGAUGCUUGAUGCAGGUUUUGUGUUGAAUAAGGUAAAUGUAGGGCAUUUUUCUCGUUGUCUUUGUGAGGUUGGAAAAUUUGAGAAGGCAUUUUCCGUUAUCCGUGAAAUGAUGGCGAAGGGAUUCAUACCUGACAGUAGUACUUACUCCAAAGUGAUUGGUUUUCUCUGUCAGGCCUCCAAAGUUGAAAAGGCUAUCCUUUUAUUUGAAGAAAUGAAAAAAAAUGGUAUUGUUCCUGAUGUCUUUACUUACACUAUUCUGAUUGAUAGUUUUUGUAAAGCUGAUCUCAUUGAACCAGCUCAUAACUUAUUUGAUGAAAUGGUAAGAGAUGGUUGUGCUCCUAAUGUGGUGACAUAUACUUCACUGAUACAUGCAUAUCUUAAAGUGAGGAAAGUAUCUAAUGCGAAUGAUCUUUUUGAGAGGAUGCUAUCAGAGGGUUGGAUUCCAAACAUCAUUACGUACACAGCUCUGAUUGAUGGUCAUUGUAAGGCUGGGCACAUUGAUAGGGCUUGCCAAAUUUAUGGAAGAAUGAGGGGUAAUUCUGAUAUUCCAGAUGUAGAAAUGUACUUUAGAAGUGAUGGUAGCAAUCUCAUUAAACCGAAUGUUGUCACUUAUGGAGCUUUGGUUGAUGGUCUAUGCAAGGCCCACAAAGUGGGUGAGGCUCUUGACUUACUAGAAGCAAUGUCAAAGGCAGGUUGUGAGCCUAAUCAAAUUGUAUAUGAUGCUCUUAUUGAUGGCUUUUGCAAGGUUGGGAAGCUAGAUGAAGCACAAGAGAUCUUUACAAAGAUGUCAGAAAAUGGGUACAGUCCAAAUGUUUACACUUAUAGCUCUCUAAUUGAUAGGUUAUUUAAGGAUAAACGACUAGAUCUUGCCUUGAAGGUCUUAUCUAAGAUGCUAGAAAAUGCCUGUCCUCCAAAUGUGGUUACCUACACAGAAAUGAUUGAUGGUCUUUGUAAAGUUGGGAAGGCCGAUGAGGCUUAUAAACUUCUGGUGAUGAUGGAAGAGAAGGGUUGUUGUCCCAACGUUGUGAGUUAUACUGCAAUGAUAGAUGGCUUUGGCAAAGUGGGUAAAGUUAACAUGUGCCUUGAAGUCUUGAGACAGAUGGUUGCUAAGGGUUGUGCUCCAAACUUUGUCACAUAUAGUGUGUUGAUAAAACAUUGUUGUCUGGCAGGUCUUUUGGAUGAAGCUCACAAACUUCUAGAGGAGAUGAAACAAACCUAUUGGCCAAGAUAUGUAACAGGCUAUCGCAAAGUCAUUGAAGGGUUCAGCAGAGAGUUUAUAGCCUCACUUGGCCUCCUAAAUGAGAUUACAGAGGGCAAUACAAUGCCAAUUGCUCCAACUUACAGAAUUUUGAUUGAUAGCUUUUGUAAGGCAGGGAGAUUAGAGGUAGCGUUGGAAUUAUAUGAAGAGAUGCUGACAUCUUCAGUAUUUUCAUAUGCUGACAGGAACACUUAUUCUUCUUUGAUAGAGUGCCUCUCCCUUGCGUCGAAGGUUGAGAAAGCUUUUGAAUUGUAUGCAGAUAUGACAAGGAGAGGUCACAUUCCAGAUAUAAGUGUCUUCUUUUUCCUUAUUAAGGGUCUCGUUAAGGUUAACAAGUGGGAUGAAGCACUUCAACUUUCUGAUAGCAUAUAUCACAUGGACAUCUAUUGGCAUCCUAGGGAAGGGACUAUUAACCAGAGCUAGUUAAUUUCUGCAUCUGGUUCAUUCACUAUGACCAUCAGAGGAGCUACAUGAGAAAUGAAUGUGGUGGUCCUGGUUUGGUACCUGCCGUUGAGGUAGGCAGCUUUAGUCAAGUGAAGAAACAUGAACUUGCAAAGUGGUUCUCCAGCUAUGAUCUAUCAUAUUCUUUUUCAACCACAUUUCAAGAAGAUAUUGAAAAGCUGUGGCAUCUAGUGUUAUUUUUCAGCCUGUAGAAGUGAAGCUCUGUUCUGGUGAUUGUUGCAACCACUAAAUCUGAUGUGCAGCUCAACAUUAGCAUGGGGGCUGCUGGAACUGAUUUUAUUCUGUGCUCCUAAAUUCUUGUAGGAAGGCUUUCAUCGGUAUCUUUGAUAGACAUGGAGGUGCAAAAGCUGAAGAUUUAGCAGCAGAGAACAUGAAUAAGAAUAUCAUGAGUGAAUUGACAAAGAGAGGAAGAAACAAGAUUGAAGAUGCUGUUAAAAAUGGGUACCGCACAAUAGACUGAGUUUCUGAAAGAGGAUCUCCGUGGUGGAAUUUGCUAUGUUAGGCAUUGAUCACGAAAGGGGAUCUCAUGGUCUCUAAUGUUGGUGAUUUUUGUGCUGUUAUGACUUAUGAGCAAAGGAGGAAUCCUGAAAGCCCUCACCUCGGAUCAAGGUCCUUCAAGGGAUCAUGAAAAAGACAGAAUUGAGGCCCUGCAACCUGAAAGACAAAGACAUUGAAGGAGGAGGAGACCCUACAAGAUGAAGCUAGAGAUAUGGGUCAGAGUAAGAUGAAGAAGCAGUGAUCUUGCAUAAGAGAGAAUGGUGGUGGUAAUACAGGAUAGCUUGCAACUGCAACGGCACAAAAUAUUGUCCUUCUUGUUCUUGUUCUGGCUUCAUUGCUUGCCUUUCUACCUUUUGUUGAUGAUAGAUUAAGGUUUUUAAAGGGGCUUGGUUAAAGACUUGAAGGGUCUGAAUUAAUGGCUGCAACUCAUAAAAAACAGGUCAAGAAGAAGAAGAAGCAGAGAGCAGUGGAAAUUUUAUAUGAUUACCCUUGAUAGCAAUAGAGGUUGCUGAUGUUGGCAAUGGGAAGCUUAGAAGUUCAAUAACUUAUUUGCCCAUAUUUUGAACAACUAUCCUAUUAUGUAUGGAAGGGUAUUUGAAAGAUUAUAAAAUGGGUUACAAGGUCUUUUGUAACCAGGCAAGAAAAGACCAUGCUUUGUUUGUAGGACAAGUGUAAGAUUAGGACAGAUGGAGAGAAUGUGAGACUCAUACAGGCAAAGCAUGUUGUGGCAUCAAGAGCUUUCUUCCUCAUUUCUCUAUUGAUGAUAUAAGUUGGGAUGCUCAAGAAAAGCCUCGGUUCAGGUUUAGCUGAGGAUGGUCUGUUGUUGGGGUUUUCCUAUCUGCUGAAAGCCAUGCCGAACGUGGAUAGGAUAUCCAUUGGCAUCAUUGAGAAGGAAAUUUCAACAGAAGCAUCCGCUUUGUGGCUGUACAGCAUUUUUCGGGGGAGCCUGAGAUAUGGUAAUGGCAUAUUGAUUCCUAGUUUGCUAUCCACUGAAGAAUCAGGUAUAUUGAUGUGGAAUCAAUGCUUUACAUUUGUAGUUGAAAUGUCCAAAUGUUAAACUGUAACUUUAGGAUGAGUUGGAUUGCACAAGGAUAGUCAAUUCAAUGAUUUUCCGGAUCAUAAAUGAGGAAAGAUCAAUUAGUUUUAGUCCAGAUAGUAGAGUCCUUGUGCUGGCUUCAAUAUGGUUUCCUGUCAUCACAUGAUUUGGCAUAAAUGAGAUGUAUUUUCUGUGAUAAAAUACAGUUAGCCCAUCCAAAUAGAUUAAUGUUCUUAUAA